CGGAUUGUUGGGGAGAACCUGAGGCAGCCACGCUCCCUGCUGAGCAGUCCGCAAGACAAUGUGGGCCCGCUCCUCCUGGGCUCCUCACUGUGCUUGGUGACACACCACAACAGCCCUGAGGCCCCCCUUCAGGGCCCAAGAUGUCCCCUGGGGCCUUCUGGGUGGCCCUGCUCCUGCUGUUCCUGCUGGUCUGUCCCACACACCAGAAGCCACUGCAGAGCUGGGUCCAGGCAUCCCCGGGGGGAAAUGCCCGCAGCUCACUGGGAUUGUCUGGAGGUGGAGAGGAGGGCGUCUUUGACUUGAAGAUGUUCCUGGAGAACAUGAAGGUGGAUUUCCUGCGCAGCCUUAACCUGAGCGGCAUUCCCUCCCAGGACAAAACCAGAGUGGAGCCACCCCAGUACAUGAUUGACCUGUAUAACAGGUACACCACGGACAAGUCAUCCACUCCGGCCUCCAACAUCGUCCGGAGCUUCAGCGUUGAAGAUGCUAUAUCAACAGCUGCCACAGACGACUUCCCCUUCCAGAAACACAUCCUGCUCUUCAACAUCUCCAUCCCUAGGCACGAGCAGAUCACCAGGGCUGAGCUCCGUCUCUACGUCUCCUGUCAAAAUCAUGUGGACUCCACUCACGGGCUGGAAGGAAACAUGGCUGUUUACGAUGUUCUGGAUGGAGAGGACACUUGGAAUGGUGCCUCGGGGACCAGGACCUUCUUGGUAUCUCAGGACAUUCAGGUUGAAGGCUGGGAGACCUUGGAAGUGUCGAGUGCUGUGAAGCGGUGGGUCAGGGCAGACUCCACCACAAACAAAAACAAGCUAGAAGUAACAGUGGCGAGCCACAGGAAGGGCUGUGAUACGCUGGACAUCAGUGUCCCACCAGGCUCCAAGAACCUGCCCUUCUUUGUCGUCUUCUCCAAUGACCGCAGCAAUGGGACCAAGGAGACCAGACUGGAGCUGAAGGAGAUGAUCGGCCAUGAGCAGGAAACGGUGCUUGUGAAGACACCCAAAACUGGUUACCAGGAGGCAGGUGAGAGCCACGAGGAGGAGGAGGAAGUAGAUGGGCACACAGCUGUGGGACCAUUUUUAGCUAGAAGGAAGAGGAGCACUGGGGCCAGCAGUCACUGCCAGAGGACGUCCCUCAGGGUGAACUUCGAGGACAUUGGCUGGGACAGCUGGAUCAUUGCGCCCAAGGAAUAUGACGCCUAUGAGUGUAAAGGAGGCUGUUUCUUCCCACUGGCUGAUGAUGUGACACCUACAAAACAUGCCAUUGUGCAGACCCUGGUGCAUCUCAAGUUCCCCACGAAGGUGGGCAAAGCCUGCUGUGUUCCCACCAAACUGAGUCCCAUCUCCAUCCUCUACAAGGAUGAUAUGGGGGUACCAACCCUCAAGUACCACUAUGAGGGAAUGAGUGUGGCCGAGUGUGGGUGCAGGUAGUCCCUGCAGCCACCCGGGGUAGGGAUGAAGCACAGGGAAGAGGUCCUGCUAGGAUCCCGCACCCCCAGGCAUGAUGGGGGCUAAAUUGAUCUGGAGCUAUCCUGGAGGGGGAAAAGAAUCACUUUCCCUUCUUGUUCCCAGGGGGUUCCUCUGCUGAAUUGACAGUGACUGGGGUAUGUGGGUCUGAGGGCAAAGUGGGAGACCCUGGAAGGGAUGGUGGCUAGAAAGAUGAUGAAAAGGAAAGGGGAGAAAAGGGGACUGGGGGGGAGCAGAAACUAGCAGAACAUAGGGGUGAGGUGCAGAGCAUCAUGGGAGUUACAGGGUCCAGGAAGCCAAGAAGUGAAGAAGUAGAGGAAGACGUGGGCUCCAUCGCUUCACGUCAUGAUAUUUUCCAGCCCCCACUGAGAUGUGCAUCGUGAGUGCUGAUGGUCAGUUGUGGAAAUCAAAACUCCGCAAUCAAGUUACUGCCACCCGGCGGUCGGCGUCUGCCCCGAGUCUGUGGGGUCCUAAAGCCUGGGACCUUCCCAAGUGCCCCAUGCAGUUGAGCAGGUCACUGUGUACUGCAGGAGUCACUAGAUAUGGAAGGCCCAACACGAGGCCGGGCAGGGCUGAGUCAGGUCCUCAUCCAGCACUUGCUGUGCCCCAGCAUGGCCUGCUUGCUCCAUGCCCGUGCUCAUUUUGUGGCCAUGUGAUUUCUGACAAAGGCCGGCCCCUGAGUAAACAUCCCCAAGCAACCACAGAGUGGAGAGGCAGGCAGUUCAGGACCUUGGCCCUCCGACACUCACUGUGAUCUGAGCUGCUUUCACUACUGGGGCAGUCCUCACAUGUUUCAGGGGUCAUGCAAGGCCACUUGCCUUUAUUCCAAUUCUGUGACCAUCUGGGAGGGACUGCCUAUGACUUGGGCCUCUGAAAUUAUCUACUCUGUCUGGACAGCAGCCCAGGCAGGAACAUCUCCUGCCUGAGGAUCCACCGGGGACAAGGCUGGGGGCUGAAUUUGUUGGGAUCAAAUGUGUUGUUGGUUAACUAUUUGAAACUUGCCUCCUUCCCUUCCUUGGUGACCUGCACUGAAAUGAUCAGAGGUCCAGCCUUACUGGGUGAGGGUUCCUGGCUCUGUUGCUCAUCUACUGCCAUUGACUCGGCCUGCACCUGCCAGCUCCCUUAAGUAGUGUGUCCCCUAGGGAGGACAGGAUUUCCAGUCUUGUACUUCAACCUCUCACCUGACUCUCCCUGUGGCUCAUAGGACUGAUGGGGUAAGGAAGAGCCUGAUACCCUCUGGCCAGGCAGGGCCCCGGGGGGCUUGGAAAGAUCUGGACUGCUCUCAUGGCUUGAUGCUCCCACAUAAUUUAAAACAAUGAUCUACAUUAAAUGUUUCCAUGGAACCAAUGAACAGCUUUAACACAAAA